GUAUACGUGGAUAGUGUAUACAUUGCGAGGGAUCUUUAGUCAUUCACUUAAUAAUGAAUCGUUAUACAAUCACGCGCACGCGUGAAAUGUAUGCAUAAAAGAGUGGAUCAGUUUAACUGUUACUACCAACGAAGAAACAAGUUUUGUUCAGGAAAUCCUCUUUAAAUUAAGUUAUUUUCGGGGGGUAGUGAAAAUAUGACUAAUACAAAUAUAUGUCAACGUUUGAAUGUGCGAAGAGAAGUGCUUCGUUUGUUUCUUUACACCAUUGUUUGCAACCUGGCUUUAAUUAAUGAAGGAGCCACUCAAGGAUAUUCUUCUGUAGUACUUCCCAUAUUAACGAGUAACACAACCUCUGAUCUAACUUUAAACGAAAUGGAGAUGCCAUUUUUUGCUUCUACGGUACCUAUAACUGCAGCCAUCGGUUGCAUGUUAUGCCUUAUUACGCUCAACUAUGGAAGACGAUUUACUAUGAUAAUAAAUAGUAUAAACUUUUCUGUGGGAUGGAUCUUGAUUGCGAGUAGUUAUAAUGUGCCACAGCUCUUUAUUGGUAGAGUGCUAACAGGAAGUGCCAUUGGUCUUUGCUCCCCUGCUAUUGAAAUUUAUUUAGCAGAAAUCUCUAUACCCGCAUGGAGAGAAGUUCUUACGAUUACUCCAAAUAUAGCGGUUUCCAUUGGAGUUCUAAUCGUUUAUUUUCUAGGAUUUGUUGCAAAGAACAAUUGGAGGGUGAUAGCAGCGUUUUUUGUCAUACCGUCGGCAUCUCUUCUUCUCUGCAAUAUAUUUUUUAUUCGCGAGAGUCCUAUGUGGUUACUUUUGAAAGGCCGAAAGGAGGAAGCUAAGAACGCUCUAUUUAAAAUCCGUGGUCUACAUCAAGAGACAGCAGAGUUCCAAGAAGAGUUUGUCAGUAUGGUAAAUUACAACGAGCUAAAAAGCAAGUGCAAAACAUCUGAAAAUGUUAGAACAGACUCUUCCUCGAUUAAAGAGACCGGAGAGAUUAAUGAGUCGUUUUUUAUUUGGAAUGUGUGGAGCAGGCUGAAGAGCAUCCGGAGAACAGUCGUUUUACCAGAAGUGUGGAAACCGUUUGUGAUUCUGAAUCUCUUUUUCCUUUUUCAGAAGUUUAGUGGUGUGUAUGUGCUAAUAGCUUAUAGUGUUGAUAUAAUUACCAGAAUCAAUAUUGCAAUAGAUUCUUUCUUGAUCACCGUCAUAAUAGGAAUUAUUCAAGUGGUGGUCAACGUAAUCACUGCAAGCUGCAGCAUGAAAUUUGGUCGUCGACCGAUUUCCAUUAUUUCUGGUACUGGUAUGGCAAUCUCUUUGGGCGCUUUAGCACUGUACCUGCAAUUUUUUGAAGAAACUGGCGUUGCGGCUGUACCCCUCGUUUGCAUUCUUCUUUAUGUGGCAUUUGCAUCAUUCGGAUUUUUUUCGCUUCCUUGGUCGAUGAUUCCGGAAUUGUAUCCUAGCAAGUACGUAAACGUUCUCGGGAUGCUUACUGUCAUCUUGGCUUUUUUGUGUGACUAUACUGCCACACAAUUGUAUCCAUUGAUGGUAACAACUAACAGAAAUGCCACCAUUUGCUUUUACUGUGUAAUAGCUAUCAUAGCUACUGUUUUCUUAACGGUUGUAUUACCGGAGACACGAGGGAGAACGAAAACACAGAUAGAAGAAGCUUUUAGGGGCAAAACGCAGAUAGAAGAAAUCUUUAAAAAAAUUGAAGACGCAAGUUAAAAGAAUGAAGCAACAAUAAAACAUUGAUGAAGCAAUUCGUGCUACUUGAUACGAAUUAAUAAGAGUUUAUAAAUGAUGUAAACGCGUUAGUUGGAAAAUAAAUAUUAAAAAAACAAUAAUCGGGCUCUAAAUAUUAAUAUUGAAGCUAAUAAAAGAAUUAACAAUAUUGAUUCUGAUUGUUUUAUAAUAAUAGAAAAGAAUCGUAUACAUCACUCACAGUAUACAUUACUUAUCGAAAUAUAAAAGGAAGGAUAAAGCGUGCGUAAGAUAGAGUAGUACUUAUAUUAGUUAAAUGUAAAAAAGUAAUUUGUUGUAGAAUUUUUAAUUAUAAUGUAUUAAAUAGGUUUUAAAAUUCAUUUU